CUUCCAUCAGCCCUGACAGCUGGAAUGGAGCUCCCAUCGCUCCUGACAUCUGGAACACGGCUUCCAUCAGCCCUGACAUCUGGAAUGGAGCUCCCAUCGCUCCUGACAUCUGGAACACAGCUUUCAUCAGCCCUGACAUCUGGAAUGGAGCUCCCAUCGCUCCUGAUAUCUGGAACACAACUUCCAUCAGCCCUGACAUCUGGAAUGGAGCUCCCAUCGCUCCUGAUAUCUGGAACACAGCUUCCAUCAGCCCUGACAUCUGGAAUGGAGCUCCCAUCGCUCCUGAUAUCUGGAACACAGCUUUCAUCAGCCCUAACAUCUGGAAUGGAGCUCCCAUCGCUCCUGAUAUCUGGAACACAACUUCCAUCAGCCCUAACAUCUGGAAUGGAGCUCCCAUUGCUCCUGAUAUCUGGAACACGACUUCCAUCAGCCCUAACAUUUGGAAUGGAACUCCCAUCGCUCCUGACAUCUGGAACACAGCUUCCAUCAGCCCUGACAUCUGGAAUAGAGCUCCCACUGCUCCUAACAUCUGGAACACAGCUUCCAUCAGCCCUGACAUCUGGAAUAGAGCUCCCAUCGCUCCUGACAUCUGGAACACAGCUUCCAUCAGCCCUGACAUCUGGAAUGGAGCUCCCAUCGCUCCUGACAUCUGGAACACGACUUCCAUCAGCCCUGACAUCUGGAAUGGAGCUCCCAUCGCUCCUGACAUCUGGAACACAGCUUUCAUCAGCCCUGACAUCUGGAAUGGAGCUCCCAUCGCUCCUGACAUCUGGAACACAGCUCUCAUCAGCCCUGACAUCUGGAAUGGAGCUCCCAUCGCUCCUGGCAUCUGGAACACAGCUCUCAUCAGCCCUGACAUCUGGAAUGGAGCUCCCAUCGCUCCUGACAUCUGGAACACAGCUUUCAUCAGCCCUGACAUCUGGAAUGGAGCUCCCAUUGCUCCUGACAUCUGGAACACAGCUUUCACCAGCCCUCACAUCUGGAAUGGAGCUCCCAUUGCUCCUGAUAUCUGGAACGCAGCUUUCAUCAGCCCUAACAUCUGGAAUGGAGCUCCCAUCGCUCCUGGCAUCUGGAACACAGCUUUCAUCAGCCCUCACAUCUGGAAUGGAGCUCCCAUUGUUCCUGACAUCUGGAACACAGCUUUCAUCAGCCCUGACAUCUGGAAUGGAGCUCCCAUUGCUCCUGAUAUCUGGAACACAGCUUUCAUCAGCCCUAACAUCUGGAAUGGAGCUCCCAUUGUUCCUGACAUCUGGAACACAGCUUUCAUCAGCCCUGACAUCUGGAAUGGAGCUCCCAUUGCCCCUGAUAUCUGGAACACAGCUUUCAUCA